GGACCCUGUGAUUAUAUUGGACCCAUCAGCUGAACCAGGGUAAUCUCCACAUCUCAAAAUCCUUAAUCACAUCUGAAAAGUCCUUUUUGUCAGUGUAUUACACAAUCAGUACAUGAACGUGAAUGGAUUUGGAGGUUAAAGGAGUUGCUGCUUCUCCUAGGAGUCAAACUCAGUCAUUCUCUGGAAGAAGGAAGCCACUACAACAAGGAUGGACUUCCAAAUCAUGGGCCAUACAGAAUCCUUGCCGUCCUGUGGUCCCACGCCUUGAUUUGGGAAGCCUUGUUGACUCUGAUGAUGAGGAUGAUUUUUCAUAUAUUCCAUUUAGAACAGCGCAUAUUCAUUUUGACCCACCAAAUCCAUCUUCUGCUCUUGAUGGGGACACACCAUGUCAAAUACCAUAUACUCAGCAACAUCUAAAGGAACUGGAGCAGGAUAUUAUACCUGAAGAUUUGCCAGCACCAACAAGCAAAUAUAAACUAAAAUAUCAGCAAUACAAAACUGAAAUGAAAGAGGGAUAUAAACAGUAUUGUCAGAGAAAUGCAGAAAAGACAAAAUCAAAUAUCAGGUAUCAACCAUCUCCAAGAAACAAGACAGAUAACAAGAAUGCCCAAGGGGAAGAAGCCGUCAUGGAUGACCUUACAACUCUGGAUAGGAAAGCCCUCUUACAGCAGCGUUAUGCGGACAACCCUUACCAUGCACAGCAGAGUACAAGAAAAUCUAAUGCUGAAAUUGUGGCUGCUGAAAAGAAGAAACAGAGCGUUGCAGAGCAAGUGAUGCUGGACCACCUAUGCCGGGCUGUAAUCAGUGAUCCAGAGCAAAACUUAACCACUGAGAAACCAGAAGGUGCUUGUGUCCUUCCAGAUUCAAACCUAACACCUCUUCGGUUUAGGAAAAGAACACUACAUGAAACAAAGAUAAAAACACAUUCUACAUUAACCGAAAAUAUGCUUUCUCAUAAAGUACAAUUUGACUGUAGGAUCAUAUCAAGAAAUGGACGUGAUGCUUGCAGAGAGCUGGUUGGGUUCUUUUUUAUUCAUGAUCAGUCCCUUACAAUUUACGAAUAUCGGCAAUUUGGGAAAAAUAGAACAAAUGUGCUUCCUUUUAUUAAAAAAAGCACUUAUAGUCAUCAGUGUGGGCGAAGAAAAGGCAAACAAUACCAACUUGGCGAUUUUUAUAUUGGUGCAAACUUGACAUUUUUAAGUUCUGAUCAUCUCAGACUUCCAGAAAGCAUAAAAGAGAACACAUUACUUAUCCUUCGAAUCACAAAUAUUGAUCGUGUAGCUUCGGAUGAUCUCAGAACUGAUUCUGUGCAACAGGAGGAUGAUACAACCAGGCAAGAGGCCAAUGAUAGGCUGGUCUUCAAAGCCAUUCAAGAUAAGCUAAAAGAACAGCUACAUAAAAGAGGUGUCCGUAUUUUGACUGCAAUGGGAAAAUACUUUCAACAAUUGGACAAGGAAAGAAAUGGACUUUUAGAUAAAGCAGAUUUUAAGCAAGCUCUAAAAGUCUUCCACUUAGAAAUGUCUGAAAAGGAUUUUGAGUCUUCAUGGCAAAUUCUAAAUGAAAAUGGCAAUGGCAGGGUUGACUAUGGAGAAUUCAGACGUGCCAUUAUUGGUGAAAUGAAUGAAUACAGAAAAUCAUUUGUUCGGAAGGCUUUUAUGAAACUAGAUUUCAACAAAACUGGCAGUGUGCCUAUCAUAGACAUAAGAAAAUGUUACUGUGCAAAGAAGCACCCUCAAGUAAUUUCAGGCCAUUCCACAGAGGAAGAAAUCAAAUUAUCUUUCCUGGAUACGUUAAAAGAAGCCUGCAGCAAGUCUGAUGAAGUCUCCUAUGGUGAAUUUGAAGAUUACUAUGAAGGUCUAAGUAUAGGAGUAGUAGACGAUGAAGAUUUUGUUACUAUUUUACGUACUCCCUGGGGGCUUUAGUUUUUCAAAGUUAGUCCUAAGCAUUUUAAAGGAGAGAUGAAUUCAAUGUAAAGUAUGAUCAAAGACUGCAAUAUAAUUUUCUAAAGCUCUAUUCUUUUUUUUUUCCUUUUUUUCUCAAAGGAGUUGAGUCUAGAGAGAGAAAUAUUCAGAAAGACAGAUAUAGGGGUAUGUGUAUGUUCAGGUGCAAGUAUGAUUGUUCACGUCUCUAAGUUUACAAAAGACCCUGCUUGAUUAUAUUUCAGAGGUUUUUGUUUUUUUUAUUAGACUUCUUAGAAAGUAACAUCUGUAUCAAACUAUAUGAGAUCAUCUAUGUAGUAACCAAGUUUCUUGUCCAAUUUUUUCCCUAUUCAUUUCUCAAAAUAAAAUUGCUACUCUUUUCAAUUUGAUAAAUGGGAAUUGGACCCAAAACUUAUGAGACUGAAAUAGUUCAAACAUAUGAAAAUGUUAAAGGAAUGAAAGGAUAUGUAAGAGAAAUUUUCCAAACAGUGUGAUUAUGGAUGUUUUCUGUAACAUCAAUAUUUUGAAUGAUAGAGGCCUACCCCUAAAAUGCUUACUUAAACACAGACUUGUGAAUUCUUGUCUUCCACGCUGUGUGUUGUUGUUUUUCAAUAGAAUACAAUGUAAUUAUUUAGUAA